AUUAGGUAACCCCACAUAUAUUUACAUCACACAAUCCCCAGCUAGUCCGGCACUCAGAGAUCAAUCUCAGUCACGCCAUAAGAGCCUUUCCCUCUCAGAAGAAUGGCAGACUCUCUGUGUCGAUUGUGUCCUCCGCCUCCUAAGGCUUCUUCACAAGCAGUCAACGAGCGUGGCAAAUGGGGAAGCAAGAAGGAGUUCAUCCUGUCUGCAGCCGGUGCUAUUAUAGGACUUGGAAAUGUUUGGAGAUUUCCCUAUCUGUGCUACAAGAACGGCGGUGGUGCUUUCUUUAUUCCUUACAUCCUGUUCCUUGCGGUUUGUGGUAUCCCUCUGUUCAUACUGGAGACAGCGAUGGGCCAGUACACCAGUCAGGGAGGAAUCAUGUGCUGGAGGAAGAUCUGCCCCUUAUUUGAAGGGAUGGGAUACGCAGGCCAAAUGAUUGUUUUCUAUGGAUGCAUCAGCUAUGUUGUGAUCUUGGCUUGGGCCUUUUUUUACCUGUUCUCUUCGUUUUCUGGUGAGCUACCGUGGGGCACCUGUAAUAACACAUGGAAUACAGAUAAUUGUUUGGUAUUAAACAACUUUAAUACCACUGUUAACCGGACCGUGCCGGUGAAUGCAUCAACAUCUGUAUCAGAGUUCUGGCAGCGACGGGUGCUCAAUUUAUCCACUGGCAUAGAGGAUCUGGGAAACGUACAGUGGGAGCUGUCCUUGUGUCUUCUCCUGGCCUGGAUCCUCUGCUACUUCUGUGUCUGGAAGGGAGUCAGAUCCACAGGAAAAGCACCCUACGUGACGGCGACGUUCCCCUUCAUCAUGUUGGCCGUGCUGUUUGUCAGAGGAAUGACUCUUCCUGGAGCCCUUCACGGGAUCAAGUACUACCUGUACCCCAAUCCUGCACGACUCGCUGACCCACAGGUUUGGAUGGACGCUGGGACGCAAAUAUUUUAUUCCUAUGCUCUAUGUCUGGGAUGCCUGACUACACUUGGAAGCUACAACAAGUACAACAACAACUGUUACAGGGACUCCUUCUAUCUUUGCUUGAUGAAUAGUGGGACCAGCUUUAUAUCUGGCUUUGCCAUUUUCUCAGUUCUGGGCUACAUGUCCCAAAAACAGGAUGUGGACAUUUCUCUGGUUGCGGAGUCAGGCCCUGGGCUUGUGUUCAUAAUCUACCCACAAGCUGUGACCCUUCUGCCGUGGCCCCAGGUCUGGUCGGUGUGCUUCUUCACCAUGAUCAUCUUGUUAGGAAUAGAUGGACAGUUCAUUGGGCUUGAGAGCCUCAUGACUUCUCUGUCAGAUGUCUACCCUUCCCAGAUCCGAAAAGGAUAUCGCAGAGAGCUUCUUCUCAUGAUAAUUUGUGCUGUGGGCUUUGGAUUUAGCCUCUUGUUGGUGUCCGAGGGUGGUGCAUACAUUCUGCAGAUCUUUGAUCACUAUGUCUGCAGUGGUCCCACUCUACUUCUGAUGGCUAUCUUCCAGUCAGUGGUUAUUGGAUGGAUUUAUGGUGCUGAUCGCUUCUGUGACAACAUUAAGGACAUGAUCGGGUACAAACCGCUGACAAUGAUCAAGUACUCCUGGUUGUAUGGAACCCCCCUCGUUUGCAGUGGCACGCUUGUGUUCCUGCUCCUGAGAUACACACCGCUGAGGUUCAACAACUCCUACGUGUAUCCUUGGUGGGCGUACUGCUUCGGCUGGUUUCUGGCCAUGUCAUCUCUGGCGAUGAUUCCAGUCACCAUGGUCUGGAAACUCGCCAACGUAAAAGGGACUCUGUGGGAGCGUCUCCAGAAGAGCUCCCAGCCUGCGGGUGAGCUUCCGGGGAUGACAAAGCAAAUGGAAAGCAUCCGCGCCUCACACAAAACCCUUGAUGGUGGACAGGACGGCAUUGUGUACUGAAUGCCGAGCCUUACAGAAGAUCACUCUUUGGUAAGAUCAGGUUAUGGUGGUUAUUAUUCAUUUACCUAUUUCGGGUUUUACGGUGUGGUUAAGGUUUACAGUAUAUUAAAUAUCUAAUGUAACUGGAGGUGAACUUGUUUAGUCGACUCCAAAAUUUUAAUCCCAAACUUCCGGUGACUGGAAAAUGUGACUUUGAAACAAAGGAUCAUUCCUAAAUGAAAACAUGGGUGUUUCAUGUCUAAGCCAGCAUGCAAGGUGUAAACAGGGAAACAGCUCACCUGGCUCUCAGCGAACAAAGUCACGUAUGUUUGUUUAAUCUAUACCAAAAGAGAAGUGGUUUAUUUAUCGGUCACGUGCAGUGUUUUCCUAUUGUUAGAAUAUUAAGAUUUUUUAAUUCAGUGUUAAUAGCACAAUGUGAAGAGACUCUUUGGGAACCUUCCUUAAGCAACAGUGUUUAAGGGUCAUCUAAAUCAAAGUCAACAAAAGUACUUAUUGUGCGGGAAAAUGUCAGUGUUUCACUUUCAUGUUUUUGGAUUAAUUUAGCUGCUGCAGUAUGUUUUACUGCUCUGGACGUGAUGUUCUACAUUCAAAGAGAGUCUAGCACUGCUUCUUGGAAUCACAUUAAAAAAUAAAUAACAUGUAAAUUAGUUGUUCAAGAGGAUUAUUUGUCUUUUUUAUGUAUUCAAGAAUAACUUGACAGAGCCAGGACAGCUAUUCCCUCUUGCUUCUAUUCUUAGUUAAACUAAGCUAAGAGAGCGGUUUCAACAAUGGAACUAGGUACUAAAUAAGCAUAUAUUUUAGAAUUAAACUAUUUGACCUGAAACAGAAAAGCAUCUUUCCGGGUUAUGAUUUCCUUAAUGUUUUUGUUUUAGCAACAUAGCAUUUAUUUUCUUCAGGAUCAGUAUGUGUGGCAAAAUAAACUCUAAUAAAAAAGAUCCAAUAAUUA